CAAAAUAUUAUAAUAUGUACUUCAUUAUCAAAGUCCACACAAGGGGUAAAUAAGUGGUGUGUAAAGGCAACAUUUUUAUAAGGAAGAGGAAGAGGGUGUUUCUGUUUGAGGUAUUUUGUAACCCUAUUUUGAGUAAGCAUGCUCCGUUCAUUGCUCCGCUCGUUUUCGACGUCGGCGAGGGCGUCACAGCAGCUGGAGAACCACAAGUUUCUCCCUCCGAACUCCUUCCUGGGAAGCUGGGAGGCGCCGCGGGACCCGAAGGAAGCGGAGGCGAAGCUGGCGAUGCUGAGAAGGGACUACGCGAAGCAAGUGAAGGAGGUUCGAAAGGAGUACAUAAGAGAGAUGGAAGCGAUGAAGAUCGAGAAGGAGCGCAAGGACGAGGCUCGCAGGGAAGCCCUCAGAAUUGCCAAUGAAGAGCGCAAGAAGCUCAAGGCUCAAGCCGCUCAGCUCAGAGCCCAAGAACGCGAUAUCGAACGACAACAGUUUCGACAAAUGUUGGUAUGUUCGUCCAAUCCAAUUGUUGUUUGGACAAAACUUAUAUGCAAUUCAUUAUUGGUACAAUUUGUUUUUGCCAAUGUGCAUGGUAUAUGUUCGCAUUAA